GCUGGAGGGAGUGGGUAAUUGAUCCCUCCGAAGAGUUUUACUAUGGCUGGUUGCAGGUCAUGAUCUUUCCCAUCAUCUACAACUGGGUUGUUAUUAUCCUCAGGGUCUGUUUUUAUGAAGUUGAUCAGAAAUUUCAGGCCAUUUGGUACACAUUAGACUACAUCUCCGAUUUGGUUUAUGUGGCUGACAUAUUCAUCAAAGUUCGUACUGGGUUUUUGGAGCAGGGCAGCUUAGUGCGAGAUAUGUCACGGCUAAAAAAUCGCUACUUGCACUCCUCUCAGUUCUUCUGGGAUGUGCUGUCGCAGCUACCCACUGAUCUGCUUUAUCUGAUUGACACUGUCAAGACUCCUGUGGUGAGAAUAAACCGGUUUCUCCGUUCUCCUCGCCUCUCUGAGACCUUGGACCGCAUGGAGACACGGACCGCCUACCCCAACGUAUUCCGCAUAUCCAAACUAAUGAUCCUCAUUUUUAUCCUCAUCCACUGGAAUGCAUGCCUCUAUUUUGCCCUCUCAAAAUAUAUAGGCUUUGGAAGUGAUGAUUGGGUCUAUCCUGAUCCUACAGACAACGAGUAUAAUUCCACACGCCGUCAGUACUUCUAUUCCUUCUGGUUUUCCACUCUGAUCCUCUCCACAGUUGGAGAUACCCCUCAGCCGACUUGCGAGGAGGAGUUUCUCUUCAUGAUUGCUGACCUGUUGAUUGCUGUGUUGGUGUUUGCAUCUGUCGUAGGAAGUGUAGGGAGCGUAAUAAUGAACCUUCAAGACAGGGACAAUGUCUUCUUCCCCAAUCACGAGCUGGUAAAGAGUUACUUGCGCAGUCGGCGAAUCAGCAAAGCACUCCACAACCGUGUCAACACCUGGUACCAACAUCUUUAUAUCAACAAAAAGAUCACCAGGGAGAAUGAGAUCCUCCUGCAGCUACCGGUCACACUGCAGACAGCUAUUGCUGUGAGUGUGCACCUACCCACUCUGUCCAAGGUCACCAUCUUCCAGAAUUGUGAGAGCAGCCUGCUGGAGGAACUGGUGCUCAAGCUCACCCCACAGGUCUACAACCCCGGAGAGUACGUGUGUAGAAAAGGUGAUGUAGGGCAUGAAAUGUAUAUAAUCAAAGAGGGGAAGUUGGCUGUGGUGGCAGAUGAUGGGGUCACUCAGUUUGCUGUACUGGGUGAAGGCAACUUCUUUGGAGAGAUCAGCAUCCUAAACAUAAAAGGUAACAAAUCAGGUAAUCGACGCACAGCCAACAUCCGCAGUAUUGGUUACUCAGAUCUGUUCAGCCUGUCCAAAGAAGACCUGACAGACACUCUGUGUGAGUUCCCAGCUGCCAAGCGCCUUUUGGAGGAAAAAGGGCGUCAGAUCCUCACCAAGAUGGGAAUGCUAGAGACUUCAGAUGAAGGGGAGGAGGAUACAGAGAAGAUUGAGGACAAAUUGGUGCGCAUUGAAUCUAGCCUGGAAACACUACAGACCAAGUUGGCGCGGCUGAUGGUUGAACUGGAGUCUAGUGUCUACAAGAUGAUGAUUCGUGUGGAGCAGUUGGAAAUGCAGACAGAUGGCUGGGAGGGUAUUGUGGCUGAGGGAGCCGGGAGUGAAACUGACGAUGAGGCUGAGAUAGAGAGGAAGAUUGGAGAUGGUGAGGGAGAGCAAGAGGAGGAACCACAAGGAGAGAGGGGUGAGGGGGAUGGAGGAGAGGAAGACAAGGAUGACAGCAAAGAGAUAAAACAGAAGUUAGAAUAG